AUGUGUUUGAUAAAGAUAAAUCAAAAGAAUAUUUUUGUUUUAUUGUUUUGUUUGAUAUUAUUAAUAUUAAAGCCUUCCAAAGUCGAGGCCGAUGAGAAAAACAUUAAUAAACUUUUGAACAACCAGGCCGUUGUUAGUCGCCAAAUAAUGUGCAUUCUUGAGAAAAGUCCUUGCGACCAAUUAGGACGACAAUUAAAAGCUGCUCUUCCAGAAGUCAUAACCAGAAAGUGCCGCAAUUGUUCUCCCCAGCAAGCUCAAAGUGCCCAAAAAUUGACAGCAUUUUUGCAGGCACGCUAUCCGGAUGUUUGGGCGAUGCUUCUGAGAAAGUAUCAAAAUCCUUAGGUCAAAUGUUGUGUGUAUUUAAUGUACUGUUUUUCUGGAUAAGUUGCGUACAUAUUGGAAAAUUUAUUGCUAGCUUGGUGUCAUGAUAUUCGGGCAAUGCUUCUAAAAAUAUAUUAGAAUAUCCAAAA